AUGGUGUGUCUCUUUUCGAUCAAGAAUUCCAGAGUUCCUGAGAAGAAAUUCAUGACAGACAGCGGGGUUACUUGUGUUCAUUUUCAUCCAACGGGCGAGGACUUCUUGGCCGCUGGAACGAAGGACGGGAGUGUCUUGGUGUUCCGGCUGCAGAAGAAGGCGGGGUCGGCUGCGUCAAGCACUGCCUCUCCGAUCUCUGGGAAGCAUCUGCUUGCUGUGACGCAGGUGAAAUGGAUACAAACUGACGAAGGAAUAGGUCCAAGUUUCUUUUCCAUCGCCCAAGACGGGAGAGUGUGUCUGUGGUCUGUCAGCAGCGCCGGUCUCAGCCACAUAAACGUCUUGGAAUUUCCUCUAAACGGCCAAGCUAGAGAGGUGGAUGUUCUGGAUGAUAAACUACGGAGAGGAACCCCGACCAGCAUCGCCGUCAACCCCGCCGACAGCGACCGCUUCCUCCUCGGGCUCGACACGGGGCUGGUCGUUGGUCAUAGCCGGAGCGCCACCACCCACGCCAUCGCCAGCUACCGGGCCCACGUCGGUUCUGUGGCAUCGAUCGCGUGGAAUCGGUUUGAUCGGGAGGUGUUUGGCACCGCAGCUGCCGAUUGGACGGUCAAAAUCUGGCUGGUUGGGUGUUUCACGCCCAUCAUCAUAGUAGACCUCGGUUCCCCCGUGGGCGGCCUGGCGUGGGCGUCCUCCAGCAGCACGGCGUUCGUGGCUGUGACGGAUGAUGGGCGUGCACACGUCUUCGAUAUAAGCUUCUGCAAGACGAAGGCGUUGUGCACCCAGCGGCUGCGGCUGCGGCAGGGGCGGGAGGCGGCCCUGUCCUGCGUGGCGUUCAGCCCCUUCGAGCCGGUUAUUCUGGUGGCGGGGGAGAGGGGUUUUAUUCUGAGCCUGAAGUUAUCGCCUAAUUUGAGAAAGCAACAAAAGGAAGCAAAAGGAGCAGAUGCAGAAAAACUGAAGGAAUUAGAAAGGAAGAAAAUGGAACGAAUUAUAGCCACCAGCGGCAUCUGGCAGUUGUAA